UGUCAUGCUUGAUCUUGAUUUGUCAUUUGAAUAUUGCAGAACACAUCAAAGUGGGCGGAAACAAUGACGCGCGCGGAUCGGACCCGGGGCUCGCGCUCUAGACUGCGGCGGUGUGUCGCGUUGGUUAACAUCUAGAGGGUGGAAUGUGGUUUUGGAUGCAGCCCAAGCAGCCUCGUCCCCUUAGGGUUUCCAAGUGUGUGUGUGUGUGAGAAAGCUAUCUCUCAAAAACUCCAGAGCGCACGCUGCACACACACACACACACACACACACACACGCAUAUAAAAUACGCGUACAUGCCCACGCGGACGGGCGCGCGCGCGCCUGCGCUUCUUUUCCGGCCCGAUGUCGGGUCAUUGAUGUGCGCACGUGCAAGUGGAAUCAUGUCUGCAUUCCGCUGUCGGAGGAAACCUGGAAACUAGAAGGUCCGCCGAGUUGUGUUGGAAGUCUCAUGGUCCACAUGAAGGAGGUUAAGAUCGGAGGGUGCGCAUGUGUGUUGGUGUUGUUAUUUUCUGGGCUUGUCUCCUGCUCUGGUGUCUUUGGAAGCCCUUUGACUGAUGAUGUCUCCACAUUAGACACCCUGAGAGAAAACAUUCCCAAAGAUUACAAAAUUCGUGUUCGUUACAUUUCCAAAGACGUGGGUGGGACGUGCUGGGUUUAUCUGAACCUAUAUCCAGCAGAGAGCAGUUUAAAAAACUUAGCCCUGAAGUUUGGCAACCAUUCAGCCAACCGAGAAAAUAUUACCAUCUUCAUCACCAUGCUGCAAGGACUUCGCUUCACCAUCGAUAACGAGGAGCUGGAGUCAACAAUGCAGGCCUUUAAAUGUCAUUAUCAGAGCGCACGAUGGUCCACCAGACGCUAUUUUGACCACGUUAAAGAGGUUCUUGUAACAUUUACCUCAACACCACAUCAGUUUUACUGCACUCCUCCUCCAUGUCCCACCCCUACUGCACCUCCGGUUAAGUCAGAUCGGCGUGUGCUUGAAAGAGCGAUUCCUGGUGUUCUAGCGUUAAUCAUCAUCCCCUCUCUAGCUGCGUUUGCACUCAUUCUCAGAACAGUGCUUCGACGAAAACUGUGCUGCGCAGAAAGGAGACGUGAACAUCCCGAUGACGUGGAGCCACAAAGUGACCCUGAAGCCAGUAUAGAUGUGUCGCAGAAUGACAGUGACUCAUGUUCCCUAAAUAACCAAUACAGGGCGCAGCAGAUCGAGGACACGGGAGUUUAAUCCGGCGCACCUAGCGCAUUUGAUGGCAUUCUUCGGAUAUAUGAAGUGCAUGAAUGAAGGGCGUUGAACAGAAUACCAGGAUCGACUGCUUUUACCAACCAUCUUUGUCGGCUGAAAAGUCCUCCGCUAAACAGUUAGCCGUGUGUUUGAUGAAUACACAACAAAUGACCUCACUUGCAAGAAUCCUAACAUCUUCCGCCCCCAGCAUCGGAUUCUCCAACUGCCCAGUAGAUAGUAAAUCAAUGUGCUUUUGCUGGUUCGCACAAACAGGAAAGCAUCUUUGAAAACAGUCUAGUGAAACACUUUGGUGAUUUAGUGGUUUGACCGGAACAGGAAGCUCAGCUCUUUUGAAGAAAUGGUCACGGCAGAGGCGUGACCGCUGCGAUGCCUGCGGCAGGUCCAUCUCUUUGAGGCUGCCUGCUGGUCCUCAAGGCCUCAUUUUGAAAGACAAACGGCUUUUUUGUGUGCAAUGCCAAGGCUUCCUCCAUGUUGCUGCACAGCACUGCAGCAGAACAGUAGGCAUACUUGUCCUGGCGGUAUGUGCAGUCGGGAGCACUGGAUGGCGGAUGAAAGAUCUGUCGCAGAUCGCAGUUCAUUCAUUGCGUUUUAGGAUUUCUGUGAGGACAGGGUAGAGUGUCACUAAAUGUGGGCGUGCGAGGUACAACGGUGGUGACGGUUGCAUUGUUUAUUACACGAAUGUGUGUGUUUGUGUGGGAAGCGUGGUUAUUAAAGCCAAGGUCAUCCUGUAUGCGGGAUGGAUUGUUUUUGGUGGUCAUGUUAAAAAACAAUCGAAUGAGUUGUCCCACUCUGAAAGUACCUCCUUUUCAAAUCAGAAAAAACAAAGCCAGACCACUAUUACCACUUCAUCUGGCACUAACAAUUCCUGUGGUAUGGCAAUGAACCAAAUAAAUCCAUAUCUGGCAGCCAGAACACAAUGAUUGCUCAAUGGUGAUUAAACCGUUUGGCCCAAAAAUUUAAUCAGUUCAAUUUGACCCAGAUUCCAAAUGACAUUAAAAAAGAAAGCAUUAUAGCUGCUUGCCAUGUGUCAACUUUUCAUCCACAAUGCAUUUGCCUAUCACUAGAACUGGUGUCUAUGCGCUUAAACUUAAGCAAUAUUAACUCAAAUUGCCAAGUGAAAGCCUUGAUACAGCAGCUUAGUGGCUGCACAGUAUGUCACAAGCAAAAAUCCACUUGUUUGGUUUUAUAAUCAAUAUUUUUUUGGCAUUUAUUUUCCCUAUCACUGAUAAACAUCGCACAUUAUAAAGGAAUUUGAUGUGCGAGUUAAUGCCAUUGAGCCAAUAUUCAAAAUCUAUGGAUUCAAAUCUUUUGUGUAAGUGCUGCUAAGAUACUUUGUGUAAAGAGCCACCAGGAGGAUGGUACAGGAUUAGACAAAACUCACAGGACAGCCAUGACAAAAUGUAAAAAAACUAAACAAAAACAUGCUAAUGGACAGAAUUGAAUCUCCUGAUUACAUCAAUUUAAUGUUGAAGAUUGUUUCUCUUCAAUGCGAGCCUGUUUUCUGCACGAGCCUCAUAUAGUAAUUUUCCUAUAGAAGAAAUCUUCAUCGUAUAAUCAGAUUUUGUUUUGGGAUCGUCUUAUACAGAGUGAUGAGUAAGAAUCUCAGAAAAAUUGCUGUGCUCGCACAGUGAGAAAAGUGCUAUAGUAACUAAUAAACACACUUAUCUCUACGGCAAGACUAGAAAGAGCUGACUGUCUUCAUGACAAUAAGCAGAGAGUCAAAGUGCAUGAGAACUGAGGCCACAUGAUGGAUCUGAGUCACAUCCCAUAAUUCGAUUCUCACUUUGUGUCUGUUUCACUUGGCUUCUGAGGAUGGGUUGAUCUAUGCAGCUGCCCUGGAUUAUAGCUUACUGUAGCCACAGUAUGUCUGGGUUGAAAGUAAAUAACGCAGGACUCUCUGUUGAAAAUGCUUCCUAACCCCGAUUGCUGAACUGUCCGCCGUAGAGAACGCGGCAUCAAGCGUCCAUCAUAUUUCAAAACACUGCACUGAGCAAUUUUUCCCCCAACUCGUUCUGAGUGCCAGUAUUAGAAAUGGCAAUUUUCUGCCCAUUCAGGUUUAGGUGGAGGAAGUCUGAAGCUCUUUUGUCUCCCAGAACUCAUCAACUUUCUAGCUCACAAAUUAACAAUGCGACCGCUGUCCACUAUUGUCAUAAAGCGUGACCUCCGGCUCACGAUAAAUGAGGUCAGUAAUGGCAGACUGGAUAUCAUCAACCGCGGAGGGGCUUUAACAAAGACGUCUCUCAUGCGUGCACAGACACACCGCUUUUUAUGGUGUUAUUAGUCAUACUCCAAGCUAAAACCCACUCUCUGCACACCAACUCAGAUCUGAACAGCACAGCUACACACAAGACACACAUAUUGCCUGGGCACUGGCAAUACAGACACCGCUGAUCAACACCAUAUGAUUCUAGCAUCAUCCAAGCACCUCCUGAGUCAGACUGCAGCACCAAGUGAGGGAAAAACUCUGUGACUCAUAAAAGUGUCUGUUUGAUGUCACAACAAGAUCACAAUGUCAAAGUUGUAUGUGAGCCAAAGGGUACGUGGCAUAUGAUGUUUUUAUAUCUUUUUUGUAUAAUUUAUUUAUUGGUUACAAUGGCAGAAGUAAGAGUGAUUCAUAUAACUUUCUUUUAUCUUUAACUAUAUAAACCAGUAUUUAUUAUCUUUCCAAUCUACUUGACCACAGUAAAAACUUGACAGUAUUUUAUCCUGCUGAUUUACUCAUUUCACUGUACACACCUGUCUAAUCUAAACAGCUGGAAUUAUUUAUCUGUAAGCUAGUUAGUUUGCUAUCUUACUAAUUCUUCUUCAUAUGCCUUGCCUUGUUGAUACGCAAAUGUUGUUAUAAUGUAUGUUACAAACUUUUAUACGGAAAAAAACAUUAUACAGUAUUAUAAAUAAAAUAUUAAGUUGGAAAAUUGAAUAAUCUUUAUGAAAAAAAAAUUGUUACACAGAGGUUAUUGUAAGAAUUUCUACAGUUAAGAAAACAUGAAUAAUUUAAAGAAAUAUAUUUGUCCAUGGACUUUGUAUAGACUGAAAUGAAUGAAAAAUAUUCUAUUGUAAAGGUUUGUUUUAAAUAUUCUUUCUACUACAAAUAAUUGUGGUUUUUGUUGAAAUAUGACAGAGAAUUAUUUUAAUUCAAACUAAUUAUCCUUUAAGAAUGUACAUAUCCUCUCAAAUUUGUAGUCCUAGUCUUUCAUCAUACAUGUUCCAUUUGUCUGGUGUGUCAGAGAAGUAUGUGAGGGUGGUGCAGGACAUGUAUGAGGACAGUGUGACGGCAGUGAAGUGUGCAGUAGGAACGACAGACUGGUUCAAGGUAAAGGUUGGACUGAAU